GCGAAAAAAAUAAUUUAAACUGAAUCAAAGUGUUUUUUUCCCUCUGUGUGUUGCAUCAAAAUAUUUGAAAACGAAGCAAAAAUGAAAACGGAAUCGAGAACACAAGAGCCACAGAAAAAUGGAAAACCAAAAAAUUCCACCGAAAAAAUUUAUCCACAAUUACCACCACAAAAAUCAUUAUUCGUAACGUAUUUACUAUGGCUAUUUGGCGGUGUCUUUGGCUUACACCAUUUGUAUUUGGGCAAUGAUCUGCAAGCUUUUCUGUGGUGGUCAACGAUCGGCGGCUACUUCGGUAUUGCAUGGAUUGGUGAGAUUUUCAAAAUACCAGAAAUGGUCCGAGAUGCAAACGAUGAUCUGGUGUUCAUUGAGAAGUUCGUCAACAUUCUGAGAGUGUAUAAAAAGCCGCCAUUUUCGACUUCACGCUUCCUGUUCGGAAUCAUGGUUGGUUACCUGUGGGCACAGCUAUUUUUGCUCGCCAUUCCACAAGAUAAAUUUGGUGGAAUCGAUUGGGGCUACUUGCAUUGGUUCGUGCCAUUCGUCGGAUCGCUAGGAAUUUACAUGGUUGGAAAUAUUGGCCGGGAGCGUGGCGUUUUAUGGCAUUGUGUGCUCGCUGCAUAUGUAACAUAUCCUAUUCGAUAUGUUAUCUAUGAUGAAUCAUACUGGUUGACAUUUACUUUGGUGGCAUCGGCCUUGGCGUUCGACUAUUUCAGCAAAGAUUACGAUCGUCAACCCCGUAAAAGACGAUCAUUGAAAAAGCGUUGCUUCUAUCUCUCCGUCGGAAUUUGUAUCUAUCUCUCAGUGUGGAUUGCUUUCUUCUAUUUCAAUGGCAAAAUUUCGGAUGGUGAAGGCGAAGAGAUUCCAGUGCAUGAAGCGAUACACAAUUUCUUUGCAUCUUCAUGGUGGACCGAUCUGAAACAAACACUCUCCGAUAUUUACACAUACGCACAGCAUCACGGAUGGUACGAAAUUUAUAAGCAAAUUAUAGAAUCUCUGGACGUGGAUGGCGAACAAAAGGCUUAUAAGGUCUUGGGAUUGCUGCCGACAGCAAGUCAGCCCGAAAUAACAAGUGCCUGGAGAGCACUGUCAAAAGAAAAUCACCCGGACAAAGUGAAGGACGAUAGCAAAAAGCGUGAUGCUCAACUGCGAUUCAUGGAAAUUCAACAAGCCUACGAAGUGUUGAGCAAAAUCAAGAACAAACGACGUAGAAAAAAUAAGAAAUUCACCGAAGACUUAUAACUUUAACUUAUUCUCGAGCGAUUUGAACUUGUACUUGUUUUAAUUGUAUUUUGUUAAGAAUCUAAACAUUAAGAAUAUCAAGACGUGUACAUGAAUCCAUUGUUACUAUUUACUUGAAUAUGCAGCAUCAAAUUCGAACAUUUAUUUUUAUUUAUAACAUCGUAAUUGAUUUUUGAAAUAGAAAUGUCAAAGGCCGCACUGUAUCCAUUUAAA